AUGCCACCCCCUCUUAAUUUUUCACACUCUCAAAUCAACUUUCUCUCUCUUCCUUCACGUCAUCUCUUUCUCUCUCUAACAUACAAUGUCGAAGCUCAAUGGGCUUAUCGUGGUGCUACUUUUAGCCUCUAGCUUUUGUGUUACAUUUGGAGCGUUGCUCCCAAAUGGCGACUUUGAGACAAGGCCGAACCCAACUCAAAUUAGCGGAACAAAAAUAGAGGGCAAGUAUGCAAUCCCAAAAUGGGAGGUAACAGGGUUUGUUGAGUACAUAACAUCAGGAACCAAGCAACAAGACAUGGUCUUAAUCGUACCAGAGGGCAAACACGCCGUAAGGCUAGGGUCCAAUGCUUCUAUUAAGCAAAAGGUGGCUACUCAAGCAGGCAAAUUUUAUGCCCUUACCUUCAGCUUUGGAAGGACUUGCUCACAAGAGGAAGUACUCAACGGUACGAUCACCCCUAGCUCUAAGGGACAUUCCGGGAUCUUGCCCCUACAAACCGUGUACUCUAGUGUUGGGUUUGACUCCUAUGCUUGGGGGUUCCGUGCUGAGGCCAAUGCCGUCGAGGUCACCCUCCACAACCCUGGCCAGCCUGGUGAAGACCCUGCUUGUGGACCUCUUCUUGAUAUCAUUGCUCUUACUAUUUUGGAUUCAGUCAAGCCUACCGGAGGAAACUUGGUGAAGAAUGGAGACUUUGGACAAGGGCCAUAUGUGUUCCAUAGCUCAUCAUGGGGUGUCCUAAUCCCUCCUAACAUCGAGGACAGUCACUCUCCGCUACCAGCCUGGAGGAUCGAGUCCUCUAAGGCCGUCAAGUACAUUGAUUCCCUUCAUUUUUUCGUGCCAGAAGGCCAAAGAGCCGUUGAGCUCGUUGGAGGAAAAGAAAGUGCCAUUGCUCAAACCAUUAGGACCCAACCGGGCAGGUCAUACGCCCUUACUUUCAUGGUUGGUGAUGGCAAAAAUGGGUGUGUUGGUCCUUUGGCUAUUGAGGCAUUCGCUGAAAGGGCAACCACUAGGGUCACAUAUAACUCUAAGGGUACUGGUGGAUUUACAAGAGGUAAACUUGUGUUUAAGGCCAACAAGGAUAAAACGGUCAUUAGGUUCUUGAGCACAUUCUACACUAUGACCAUUGAUGGUUCUAUGUGUGGUCCUGUUCUCGACGAUGUUAAGGUUCUUCAUGCUCAUUCAUACCGUAACUCUCCCAAUCAUGUGUAAUAGAAUGGUUAAAUAAUUGGUUUAUAACUUAUUACGCGAUACUAGUACUUAGUAGUACUUUUUAUAUGCCUAUCAUCAACCCCAUCUAGGAGGUUUUUCAAGGUUUCUAGAUGUUAAUUUGGUUUAAGAGUUCAUGAAGUGUAUGUUUCAGGAUCAAUGUAUCUAUUUUUACAAUUUUUUUAAAAUUUAUUGUUAUAAUAAAAUUAUUCAUUUGUUCUUAAUAAGG